AUGACGAAAGCGAAAAUACUUGUUCUUGGUGCAAAUAGUGAGUCGUUACAAGAAAUAUUACUGAAAUCUGCUAAACUAAAUGCCAAAUCUGGCCCUUUUGAUUGUUCGAUUAUUUUGGGAUCAGCUUUAAAAAGCUUGCUUUUUGAUCCUAAGGAGCCUGUAACCGGACCAACCUUUGUUACGAAUGGCGGUUCUAAUUUAAGUGAUAAGUCUGGCUCCCAUGAAAUAUGUGAAAACAUAAAACUGUUGAAUAACUACGGCGUCUACCAAAUCUCUUGUGGAUUAAAAAUAGGAUACUUAACUAUUAAUGAUGAUGGGGUUGCUAAUUUAAAGGAUGAAAUUAUGACCGUAUUUUCUAAGGCUUCUGGUGUACACAUUUUACUGACCCACUACUGGCCUUCAGUCAUCAGAUUGGGGAAAUCUUCAUUAGGAAGAGAAUUUAUAGAUGAAAUUGUUACGACAACAAAACCUUUUUACCACUUUUCAGCACUCGGUGAAAACUUUUUUGAACUAGAGCCUUUUAAAUGGUAUGACAGUGAAGAUCCUAUUAUAACAAGGUUCAUUAAUUUGGGCAUUUACGGAACCGGUGAAAAAUGGGCUUAUGCAUUUAAUAUUACUUUCGAUACUGAUGAAAAAGUUAUUAUACCUGAAAAUAUAAUUGAUAAUCCUUUUCUGAGAGCGAAACGCUCUUUAGAGUCUCCACAAUCUUCCUCCACGAAGAAGCCAAAAGUUCUUUUGCCAAGCUCAUGUCAUUUCUGUUUAAGCAACCCUAACGUUGCUGAUCAUAUGGUGAUAUCCGUAAGCAAAUUAUCAUACCUGACUAUUGCAAAAGGUCCAUUAUCAAUUCCAAGAGAUGAGAUGGAAUUUUCCGGUCAUUGCUUAAUUAUUCCAAUAGAGCACAUUCCAAAAUUAAACCAUUCCAAUUCAAAAUCAGAUGACAUACUUAAUACUCCUCUAGCGUUGGAUAUGAGCAAGUUUGAAGAAAGCAUUGUGAAUAUGAAUUAUAAGAAUUACGAUAUGUGCACUGUUGUCUUCGAAAUAAACUCAAGUAAUUCAAUUCACUAUCAUAAACAGGUUAUCCCUGUGCCAAAAUACUUUAUCGCAAACUUCGUUAACGCUUUAAACAGACAGGUUCACUUAAAUAAUGAAAGGUUUACCUCCAAUGCAAAGUUUGAGUUUCAAGAAUACACUGGAAUCAAAAAUGCAGAAUAUUUGGUACUACUGAAUGACCCUGCCACAAAUUAUCUACAAUUCACUGUUUAUGAGACUCCUAAAACAGAUCCUAAAAUAUAUAUUGCAACCUUCGAAGCGGAUGAGCGUUUAGAUCUUCAAUUUGGUAGGAGGGUGCUCGCUUUUCUUUUAAAGUUACCAAGGAGAGUAUUAUGGAAUUCCAAAAUCUGUGAACAGCGGAAGGAAGAUGAGGAAGCUGAGGUAGAGAAAUUUCAAAUCGGUUAUAAAACAUUUGAUUUUACUAUUUAA